GCCUUCCUCCGCGCCGGGUCACCCUGUACGGCCCAGCCUUUGCUUGGCCUUUGCUCGUUAUGUUUCUACCCUGGCCCGCCUCGGCGUGCACUGCCCAUAGGUUCUUUUCUUGACUUAGACCUUUGGCUUGCCCUGCUAAGUUUCGAGUGACUCUUGGAGGCGGGGCCAAAUGGGCGGGGCCUAUGGGCAUCCUGGAGCUGGUGCCUAGCAACAACGGAGACUGGGAACCACAGAGUUUGCUCAGCCCAGAAGUCAGCCUAGAAACCUGGCCAUGACAGACAAGAGUAAGACUCAGAGAAAUCCACCUGCCUCUACCUCUAGAAUGAGGUUAUUAAAGGAGCCUAACAAAGCCCAUUCACAGGAAACUCCAAAGCUGAAGGUUCCUGAAACUCCAGAGAGGAUCCUGCGACGCAUCUUUGGGACCAGCCAAGUGUUCUAUGUUAUGGCGGAUACCAGGAAACCAAAGAGGAUAGGGUCAACGAUUCCUGUCAAAGUCAGAGAGUACUACAACGAAGGCCAUCAGUGCCUAUUACAAGAGGACUGGGAGAUGGCUGUGCUGUUCUUCUCCCGUGCCCUCCACCUGGACCCCAAACUGGUAGACUUCUAUGUAUUCCGUGCUGAGGCCUUCAUCCAACUAUGUGACUUCUCCUCUGCCCUCCAGAACCUCCGCAGGGCCUACUCCUAUGACCCAGGGAAUGAAAAAUACCUGGAUCGGCUGGCCUUUGUGCUCUACCUACAGGGCCAGUGUCUGUAUGACCUGUGUGACUUCCAGGAAGCCCUCUAUGUCUUCCUGCAAGCCUCCGACCUCCAGCCCCAAAAUGCUUCCUUCAGUUACCGAUGCAUGGCCUGCCUGCUGGCCCUCAAGCGGCAUCACGACUGCCUUGCCCUCAUCACUAGGGAAGUGAAGCAGGGCAGGGCCAACGCUGAUGUCUACAUCCUCCGGGCUCGGCUCUACAACUUCUUCCAGAAGGCCAAGCUCUGCUAUCAGGACCUUCGAUACGCCUUACUCCUAGAUCCCAUGCAUGCACAAGCCAAAGGGCUGCUCCAGAAGAUGGUAGACCAGGCCAAGCAGUCUCUCCAAGAUGCCAGCAUCCUGGCUGUGCAGGGGAAGCUGCACCGUGCGCUGAAGUGUGUCAGCUGUGCCAUUGAGAACAAUCCCUUGGAUCCCAGCUUCUUCCUCUUCCGGGGCACCUUGCGCAGACGGCUCCAGCAAUUUGACUCAGCUGUGGAAGACUUCCUGAAGGCGCUGGACAUGAUGACUGACACCCAGGACAGCCUAGUGAAGCAGGCACAGCGCCAGCUGCUGCUGACCUACAACGACUUUGCUGUGCACUGCUACAUCCACGGUGCCUAUCAGGAGGGCGUGCUGCUGCUGAACAAGGCUAUUAGAGAUGAGCAGAGCGAGAAGGGCCUGUACAUCAACCGUGGGGAUUGCUUCUUCCAGCUGGGCAACCUGAUCUUCGCGGAGGCAGACUACAAGCAAGCGCUGGCUCUGAGCCCACUGGAUGAAGGAGCCAACUUGCGCAUGGGUGUGUUGCAGGAGAAGAUGGGCUUCUGCCAGCAGAGACAAAGGCAGUUCCAGACAGCAGAGGAGCACUUCUCGGAGGCCAUAAGGCACAGCCCUCAGAAACCCCAGUACUACCUGCACCGGGCCAAGUGCCGGCAGUUCCUGCAGAACAUUAUAGGGGCCCGCCAGGAUGUUGCUACUGUGCUGCUUCUGAACCCCAAACAUCCAAAGAUGUCUGGAAUGAUGAACAGCCUCUUUCCUGGCAUGACUGUGGAGAACGUGCUUAAGAGCCAAGUGGCCGAACUGGCUAAGCUCCAGCUAAGUAGGAUGAUAGAAAAUGGGCCGAAGAACAUCUACCCUCAAAGCACUGUGGUGCAGCGGAUAAUGGAACGUAAGAAAGCCCAGGCCCUGGUGAGGUCCUGGAAGAACGAACUUCCUGAGACCCCUGAAGAGGAAGUGACUAUUUUCCAGGCUCCGCAGGUGGCAGAGGCCAAAAAGGUGAAGGCCUCUCGCAGGAGGACAUCCCUGACAGACAGCUAUGUGGACCAGACCUCCUCAGGUUCUGUCUUCAGCCGUCUGUACCAGAGGCUCUCGAAUCCCCACCUCUGCCAGCCCCGGGCGGCGGGGCCGCAGAUGUUUCGACCCCCUGCGAGCUCUCGGCUGCGCGCCCCUCCACCCCGGCUCCCACCCCUCACCCGGCAAGUCGGGCCAGAAGUCGCAUUCGCAGAACGAGCCGAAGCUGCAGCUCAGAGAAGUCACGUCCCAGGCGGUGGCGGCAGCCAAGGCCAGCCCGAGCAGCCCGAGAAUCGAGCCCCAGGGCCGGCAGCCGAGCCUCGCCACCGCCAUCCGGUUGAGGCCCGAUUUCGGUCAGAGGCCGCCCACCGCCAAAAACCUGUGAACUACAGCUCCCGGUGUGCACCGCUCCGCGGCAGCCACGCCCAUUGCCUACAACUCCCGGUUCCCCCUCCUCGGGUCUCUAAAACCGGACGGGUUGUCUCGCAGCAGUACCCCAAAUAGGCCUCACGGGGGAGCCCGCGAACCACCCAGUCCCGCGUUGUCAUGGUCACGGGUAACUAGUGGCCCUGUUACCUUACCUCAGAAAGAAUAAAAGAUUGUUAACAAAGUG